AUGUUACAGAGGAUCCCGCAGACAGGCAGCUCCGGGCUGCUGCUGCAGGACCGAGAGUGAGAAGAGGGAACGAUGAUUCCUGACUUCAGGUAACACAAUAUCCAACCUGUGAUGCCAAAUUGGCCGCCCUUCUGAAAAAGUACCGGAUACACUUUGAUUAAAGUUUUCACGGCUCCAGAGAAUUCAGCAGAGCUUAAAAAAAAAAGGAAAGUGGAUUCAACUCUUUUAAUGAGUUUUUAUUUCAGUUACAGAGCGUCAGAAUUAAUCUGAGAAACCUGGAGCUCAGAGGCACAGAAGAACAAACGUAUCUGCAGGAUUAUCUCAGAGAAAAGAGGAGCUGUUUCUCUCUCUAUGAAUCCAUAUGUAACACCUCUGAGGGAAACAUGCCCAGAAUAAAUGACCUCAGUAACAAAACUUCAGUAUUUAUCAAUAAUAUUGACUCUAUAGGACGACUUAAUCCUUGUUCUGUAUUUCAUGACGACCAAACAUGUUUGAUCUAAAGGGAAAAGGUCAAAAGAGACACCAGGUAACAUUUUAAAAAAAGUCUGAAUGCCUGUUAAAUUUCAGAGAGUAUAAAAACAAUCAAUUCAAAGUCCGAGUGUUUUUCUUAAAAUGUCAAUUAAAAGACCCCUAAAGCCCCUCCUCUCCAGCAGAUGCUGCAGGUACUGAAAUCUGUGACAAAUACAGUCACACAGGAGAAGAAUCGGGUUUAAUCCCCCGGGUGGGUGAGGGUGAGGGUGGGUGGGAUGAUCCUGCGUGUGGAUGCUUACUCUGCAGGAAAGAAAGGAAAGAGUGGGUCCCAACACGCUCUCCCUCUGACACGCCAAACAACAGCGAUUGGCUCUUGCGGAGUGAUUCUCCUAUCAGGGAGCUACCUUUAACGUCCUCGCUCGUCCCGCUGACGGAGGAGAGAGAACAAAGCCCAGGUGACCCCCACAUUCAAACACACGCAGGCCGGUCAGUCGCCUGCGUGCGCUCGCCCUUGUUUGUGCGUGCGUGUGGAAGUUGGAGAGCGUUUGUGUGGGUACCUCUGGCAUCUCUGGUUUCCUAUAGGGUGUUAGAUUACCCAAUGGGAGCUUUAAUAGAGACAGAGACACUCUUGAUUGUGAGUUUGGAUGAGGGAGAGAUUGAAAGGAGGAAGUGGGAGCUCCGCAGAACUGCCAGGAAGGGUAAAGAGGGCACGGGAACUUCUGCAGAGCCGGGGACACGGGUGAGUGCUGCGGACAUCUGCACACAGCUGGACUCUAACUUUGACUCUUCUUUAACGUGUGUUUGCAGGCUCUCAGCUGCUCUGACAUUCAGAUCUGGUAGAAGUAGAUGUAAGAGUGGAUUUUUGUGUCUCUCAAGGACACUCAGAAGAUUUCAGAGACUUUUAAAACUCUCUUUAAGUCUCUCAUCUCUGUUUCCUUCUCCAGCUGUCCUCUCUCUCUCGGACUCAGCAUCCUCUUCUUGCUGACGAGGCACAAUCAAUACAUUUAUUUUCUGCAUAAGCCGUAUCAUGAUGUCCUUAUGUAAGAAGAUUCAGGACUGUUACGUUAUCUGCUUCAAUGCAAGUGGAAAUAGAAGCAGAUAAGUCUCUCUCUGACGGCGCAGGGCCCUCGGUGUCAAGUGGACACAGAGGUUGCAGCUUUAAAACGCGUGUCAGGGUUUGGUUACCUGUCUGAGGAGGACAGACGCACUGAUAGAGAGUUUCUUGGAAGUAAGCGUGACGCUGACAGACAGGACUGAAACACUAAGAAACGAACACUCAGGGGUUAGAAACGCUGAGAGGAAUGAAAGCCUCCAGUUUUGAUGAGUUUCUGCUUGAAAAAGUGAAGCUGGGCGUUUUUUUCUUCUUCUAUUAAACAUGUUUGUUUCUGCGGCGAUUAUCAGGGUAAGCACUUUCUCCUCCACAUUUGCAGAGUUGGUGAUUUGUUGCGGGUCACGGCAGAGAAAUAACCGUACAAGCAGAGUAUCGGGUGGCGAACUCUCUGCUGAUGUAAACAGGAGUUGACAGAAAAAUCUCUUUACCAUCAAAACGGUUUUGCACCUUUUAACAAAAUAAACUCAACUUUGCUGUUUUUUCCUCUCUGUGGUCGUUUCGCAGAUCGAACAGAAGACUGAGACCAAGAGUGUCACACGGCUGCCUGAAUGA